UCCACUACACGUGUGAUGACCACGCCCACUAACGGUCUCACUCGAAUGACGUAAUGGCUGGAGGAGGAGGAGGAGGAGGAAAGGAGCUGUUCUCCAGUGAAGACUCCGGUCGGUGGCGAGCCUCCCUCGACAGCUAUGACCAGGUUCUAACUCUACUGGCAUCCAGCAAGAAACGUGGGAGCAGCAGCAGCAGUUUGAAGCUCCUGGACAAGUGGUAUCAGAAGGAACUUUCUGUCAGCGUUACCUCCCGCAGUAAGCCCCAUCUCACGCACGAGGAACUGUGCCAGUUGAUGCAAUGGAAACUCGCAAGGGGAAAGUUUCGACCGAGACUGAUGGAGAUGGUCCGACAGAACAGCCCAGAGGAUGUGGAGAAGGUAACAGGAUCAGCCAUUGGAGCUCUGCCUGACCUGGAGAGAGCUGUCAGACUGGCCACCCAGUUGCGAGCCGUCGGUCCAGCUACUGCCUCAGCCAUUCUCUGUGCAGCGAGUCAUGAUGUGCCCUUCAUGGCUGACGAAGCAGCUGCAUCAGUGGUCCCCAGUCUGGGGAAACUCACUUACUCCCUCAAACAGUAUCUGACUUAUGCCAGACUCCUUCAGGAAAAGGCCAGUCGGCUUAACCGUGGAGAUGGAGAGAUGGUGUGGAGUGCCCACGACGUUGAGCUGGCUCUCUGGUCCAACCACCUCUCCACCAGACUCCCCCAGGACAUCCAGUCCUCCCUGCUCGGGAAGAGAGAUACGGCACCACAGCCCUCGACUAACAGUAGGAAGAAAGCAAAACAAUCAGCAGACUCCUCGCCAUAACCUUGUAUUCAUAAUAGUGGUCGUUAUAAAAGAAACGUGGAGAUUUGUCAGACUCAGAGUUGGAAAAGGG